AUGGCCGAUAAGCGCAAGCUCGCCGAGGACACGCCGGUCGACGAUGUCGCUCCUGAAGGCAAGAAGAUGAAGAAGGAGAAGAAGGACAAGAAGGACAAGAAGGACAAGAAAGAAAAGAAGGAGAAGAAGGAGAAGCGCAAGGCUGAAAAGGCAGUUGAAGCUGCUGCUGCCACCACCAGCGUCACGGAAGAAAAGGAAGAGAAGGAGCAAGUGGCCAAGUCAGACAGCACGAAGGCCGAGAAGAAGGAAAAGAAGGACAAGAAGGACAAGAAGGAUAAGAAGGAGAAGAAGGAGGAGAAGAAGAAGCGCGACACCGAGACCGCUGAGCUGGACGACGAGAGCAAUGUUGCCGAAAAGGCCACGAAGAAAGCCAAGCACGACAAGAAGAAGAAGAAGCAGGUCACGGAGGACGCCGGCGAGAAUGUGAAGGAGAACGGAGAUGGAAAUGCAGAUGAGGAGAUGGCCGAUGCGGAUGGAGAACAUCAAAGCUCGUCAAAGAAUUCUCGCUUCAUUUGCUUCGUUGGCAACCUUCCUUACUCUGCAAACCUCGAAUCUCUCACCAAGCACUUUGAAAAGAACCCACCUGCUUCCAUCCGAGUCGCAACCAAGAAAGAGGCGCCGACCAAGUGUCGCGGAUUCGCCUUUAUCGAGUUCGACAACUAUGACCGCAUGAAGACAUGCCUCAAGUUAUACCACCACUCCAUGUUCGACGAUGGCAAGUACCCUCCUCGUCGCAUCAAUGUGGAAUUGACCGCCGGCGGUGGUGGCUCUAAUUCCGAACACCGCAAAGCCAAGAUCGUCGCCAAAAACCAAAAACUCAACGAGGAGCGUCAUCGCCAGGCCAAGGACGUCAAGAAGGACAAGAACAGGCACGACAAGGGCAAGCCCGGUCGUUCCGACGCCACCGCUUCCGACGCCAAUGCCGUGGUCGUGGACGCCGAGAAUGAUCGUUUCGCCGGUAUGCACCCGAGUCGUCGGGGCCGGAUCUAG